CUACUCUUACACGGAUCAACGACAUGAAUAAUUUUAAGUGACCUCAAUAAACAAGGCACCAUGAAUAUCUUGCAGAAAAUUCCACGCUUGUUUGUCAAUGCUUCGAAGCACCAUGCUUGCAUAUCUAGAUCGUUUUACCUCUAUUCACCAGAGCCUUUGCAUCCCAUUUUAGACAAGGAGCCAAAAUGGACAACCGCAGAGGAAGCGGUGGAAGUCAUCCAAUCUGGACACAGAAUAUAUAUCCAGGGUGGAGCUUCCAGUCCGCUCUCUCUGGUGGAUGCUAUGUGUGACUAUGGGGAAAAGGCUAAGCUGAAGGAUGUAGAAGUCAUAGAGGCUCCCAUUCAGGCCAGGGCACCUUACGCAGAUCCUAAAUAUGAAGGAAUCUUUCGACCCAAUUCCUUUUUUAUAAGUGCAUCAUUAAGGACUGCAGUAGCAGAAGGAAGGGCUGAUACCAUACCUAUAUUCUUGAGUGAGAUUCCUCUGCUGUUUCGACGUAGACUUCUCAGUCUGGAUGUAGCCCUGAUUUCACUCAGUCCUCCAGAUAAACAUGGAUUCUGUUCACUAGGGCCAGGCAUAGACUGCACUAGGGCAGCUGUUCAGAAUGCUCAAUUCAUUAUUGGUCUUGUAAAUAAACAAAUGCCUCGUACAUUUGGGGAUGGACUUGUACACAGCUCUCACAUUGAUAUACUGGUGGAGGCUGAUGAACCACUGACAGAAAUAGCACCCACAACUUUGUCCCCCGAAAUUUUGGAGGUGGCCAGAUUGAUUGCUGACAAUCUGGUGGAGGAUGGGGCAACCAUUCAGACAGGUAUUGGUAAUCUACCAGCAGCUGUGCUGCAUAAACUUCAAAACCACAAGGAUCUAGGAAUUCACUCAGAGAUGUUCAGUGAUUCUGUGGUGGAUCUUGUGGAGUGUGGGGCUAUUACUAAUGCUAAAAAGGCUAUUCAAACAGGAAAAAUUGUUAGCUCAUUUGCAAUAGGAUCAAAGAGAUUAUAUGAUUUCAUGGAUGAUAAUUCUUUUGUUGCUAUGUGUGACUGCAGCUUUACAAAUAACCAAUCAGUAAUCUGCCAGAAUCCUCGUGUGACAGCUAUCAAUACCUGUCUGGAAAUCGAUAUCACUGGACAGGUGUGCUCAGAUUCAUUAGGAACCUAUAUGUACUCAGGGUUUGGUGGACAGAUUGAUUUUAUUAGAGGGGCAGCAGUUAGCUUGGAUGGGGAGGGUAAACCUAUCAUUGCCUGUACCUCCACAGUUCAUAGAAAAAACAGUGGUGGCAAAGGUGUAGAAGAAUCGAGAAUUGUUACAAAUCUCAAACCUGGUGCUGGUGUAGUAACAACAAGAGCCCAUGUGCAUUACAUCGUGACUGAAUAUGGCAUUGCUUACCUUUUUGGAAAAAAUCUGAGACAGAGGGCAUAUGAGCUGAUCAAAGUUGCUCAUCCUAAUCACAGAGAGACGCUAGAAAAGGCUGCUUAUGAGAGAUUAAAAUGUAUGCCCUCCCCAUAAUAAUCCAGACUGUAGAAAAGUAUCUCUACUUAGGGUACAAUGUUUUAGUUUAUUUAGUCCAAGCAUUUCUGCUUCCUAUAUAUGAUAGUCUGUUGAAGGGUUGUAUAUAUAAUGUGGCAUUGCAUCUCUGUAUUAGCCUUUUUUCUGAAGCUUAUUUUGCUAACUAUAUGGCCCUUAAACCAUCAGAAAUUGCCAUUUGGUGCAUUGUUAGGAGUAAUGGUGCAUUGUGAUCCAAAUCUAAGUCCUUAUGACAUCAUUUUAGAAAUGUUAUUUCUGCAUAUACAUGCACUCAAAAAGAUGUAAAGUUUUAAAUUUAUACACUAAACAUCAAUCUUUGUAUUUUGAGUCAUUUUGAAGAAAUAAAACCAUACAUAAAUAUAACACCCCCCCCCCCCCCCAACACACAGACACUUUCUUUGAGAAAAAAGCAGAAAAAAAAUUUAAGAAGUAGUUCAUGUUGGCCUCGUUUUGAAAUUACAUGGCUAUAAAUAAAUAUUUUUAAAGAUGUGAUUAUAAUCUGAUAAUACAUGUAAAUUUUCUUGAAUUGAGUGUGCAACUGUUUGUGAAUGUGAGAUUUUAUUUUGUUUUGUUUUUCUGUGGUAGCAGUUCAAAACUAUGUACAAUAUAAAUGUACAUAAUAGCUUUAUCCCAGCAAAUUUGUAUAUGUGUGAACAGGUGUUUAUAUUUACAUGUAUAUGCGUGUAUAUCUAUAAGUACUACCAGAUACUAUUUGGUUCUUAAUUGAUGAUGAAUGGUGCACGACUUGAGUUGUUUUAUUUUUUUAAACUUUAUACUGUGUUGCUAUAGUAUUGAACAAGUACCUACAUAACUGAUAUUUUUAUACUGCAUAUUUGUCUUUUGCCAUACAGUUUAAAUUUUUUUUAUAAAGCUUAAACCUUAAUGGCUAAAUACACUGUUUUAUGGCACUUUUUUGUAAAAGGCAUGGCCUCUUCAGAAUAAUAAUCAUAUCCUGUACAAAUUGUUGCUAGAGUCUAACUCUAUCUGUGUUUUUUUUUCAGAUGUACAUGUAUAUCUGUUAUUUAGCUUUAUCUUCCUUUCAUACCUGAAUCUAAAAAGUUACCUGUGAUGCAGUAGUUGAUGGAUGUUUGACACAAUUAUAAUAGAUCAGUAUAAGCAUUUUUAAGGUUUAUGUGUAACAAAGAUUCUGGUUAAUAACACAUGAUUUAAGUUUUAUAUAUGCUAAUUAUAUAUUAAAAUUCAUUAUCAGUUUGAAUUGAAAAUCUGUACAUCUGAUGCAAAAACGCAAUUGUAAAUAUUUGCCAUAUUUACGUUAAAUGGUAUUGUUAAGUUUAAUUGCAUGAUAUGAAUUUAUUAAACAAGUAUCAAUUUAA